AUGGUAUUACUCACUCGUUCUCUUCAUCGUCUGGCAUCAAGACCAUCUUCCUAUUCCCGUUCCCUCUUCACAGCUUCUGCUGCGGCAAGACCUACACUCACACCCACCACGACACGAACAAUUGCUUUUCGUUCCCAGAAGCUCAAUCAUAUUUUUAAAAACAUCAGAAUGCUAACGAGUGAUAAACGUGAAAAGGUCAAGGUACUUCUUGUAUUGUACGACGGAGGAAAACACGCAGCCGAGGUCCCAGAACUUCUCGGCACAACUGAGAAUGAGCUCGGUAUCCGUAAAUGGCUCGAAGACCAAGGACAUGAGCUCGUCACCACCUCCGACAAGGAAGGCGAGAACUCUGAAUUCGACAAACACUUGGUAGAUGCCGAGAUCAUCAUUACCACUCCUUUCCACCCCGGCUACCUCACCGCCGAGCGUCUAGCCAAAGCCAAGAACCUCAAGAUCGCCAUCACCGCCGGCAUUGGCUCUGACCACGUUGAUCUCAACGCAGCCAACGCAACCAACGGCGGCAUCACCGUUGCCGAAGUAACCGGAUCCAACGUCGUCUCUGUCGCCGAACACGUCGUGAUGACGAUUCUCGUACUCGUCCGUAACUUCGUACCCGCACACGAGCAAAUCCAAGCUGGCGAGUGGGACGUCGCGGCCGCCGCCAAAAACGAAUUUGAUCUCGAGGGUAAGGUCGUCGGUACGGUUGCCGUAGGCCGUAUCGGAGAGCGUGUCUUGAGACGUUUGAAGGCGUUUGACUGUAAGGAGUUGUUGUACUUUGAUUACCAGCCAUUGAAGCCGGAGAUCGAACAGGAGAUUGGGUGUAGACGAGUUAACGAUUUGGAGGAGAUGUUGGCGCAGUGUGAUGUUGUCACUAUUAACUGUCCUCUCCAUGAAAAGACCCGUGGUCUUUUCAACAAGGAGUUGAUCUCCAAGAUGAAGAAGGGAUCCUGGCUAGUAAAUACCGCCCGCGGCGCCAUCGUCGUCAAAGAAGACGUCGCCUCCGCGCUCGCCUCCGGGCACCUCCGCGGCUACGGCGGCGACGUAUGGUUCCCGCAACCCGCACCUCAAGACCAUCCUCUCCGCUACGCAAAGAACCCCUUUGGCGGUGGAAACGCCAUGGUUCCACACAUGUCGGGCACAUCGCUCGAUGCACAAAAGCGGUAUGCGGAUGGUACUCAGGCGAUUUUGGAGAGCUAUUUGUCGGGUAAACAUGAUUAUCGUCCGGAGGAUUUGAUUGUGAUUGGAGGCGAUUAUGCUACGAAGUCUUAUGGGGAUCGGGCGAAGAAUAGUGGGAGUUCGGGGGCUAAUAAGGCUUGA